UAGGCCAUGUUUGAGACCUUCAACACUCCUGCCAUGUAUGUGGCCAUCCAGGCAGUGCUGUCCCUGUGCGCCUCUGGUCGUACCACUGGUAUUGUCAUGGACUCCGGUGACGGUGUCUCCCACACUGUGCCCAUCUAUGAAGGCUACGCUCUGCCCCAUGCCAUCCUCAGAUUGGACCUGGCUGGCAGGGACCUCACAGACUACUUUGGUAAAAUCCUCACUGAGAGGGGCCACAACUUUACCACUACAGCUGAGCGUGAGAUUGUGCGUGACAUUAAGGAGAAUCUGUGCUAUGUUGCACUGGACUUUGAGAGAGAGAUUGAAAGAGCUGCCUGCUCUUUGUCAUUGGAUAAGAAGUAUGAGCUGCCUGAUGGACAGGUCAUCACUAUUGGGAAUGAGAGGUUCCGUUGCUCAGAGGCUCUCUUCCAGCCCUCAUUCCUUGGUAUGGAGUCUUGUGGUAUCCAUGAAACUACCUUUAACAGCAUCAUGAAGUGUGACGUGGACAUCCGUAAGGACCUGUACGCCAACACUGUGCUGUCUGGAGGUACCACCAUGUACCCUGGCAUUGCUGACCGCAUGCAGAGGGAGAUCACUUCACUGGCUCCCAAAAACCUAAAAAUCAAGAUUAUUGCUCCCCCAGAGAGGAAGUACUCUGUAUGGAUUGGAGGCUCCAUCCUGGCUUCUCUGUCCACCUUCCAGGACAUGUGGAUCAGCAAGCAGGAGUACGAUGAGUCCGGCGCCAGCAUUGUCCACAGAAAGUGCUUCUAG